AUGAUUAUUUACGAUACAAUAGAGAAAUUACAAGAAAAAUUGACAGUGACAGUGAUAACAUUUUCAGAGUAUUGGCUUUUAUUUAAUCCAAAAGAUAAAGAUGAAUUGAAUUUGGUAUUAUGCAAUGAAAUUGAUGAAGACAGAAAAAAAAUGAAACAUACGUAUUACAUUAAACUAAGUGAAGGCGAUGAUAUUGAUAUCAUGUCAUCAUUUGAACAAGCGCUAGACACUUUGAACCUAGAUCGCUUGGUUAGAAUACGAAUUGUUGAUACCGAUUAUCAUCACAAAUUAUCGACUAAAUUGACAUGUGUUCUGAAGACAAUAGCUCAACAUAAACUCGUUGAUAAAAUUACUUACUCUUUGAUUUAA